CCGAGUCAUAAUAUUUUAACUGUUUAAAAUGCGUACUUUAUUGCCUGAUAAAGAACGAAAUAAAAAAAUAAGUUAAGUCAAUUUAUAUCUAGUUUUCAUUAGAGAUUAAUUGAAGUUGAUACUGGAAAAAAUGUGUAGAUAUUUGUUCAAAUAUAGAUAAAAUUUCAGUUAGUUGUGUUACUGUUUUUUCGAUCAUUCUCUUUUGUUGUCAGAUCGAAUAUUUUUUACAUCCCUGGUAUACCAUUUAUGAUGAUGUUUGACGCUUAGAUUUUGAUCAAGAAUAAUUUGUUAACAUAUAAAACUAAGAAAGUUUUUCAUUAUGGAUUUUUUUGAAUCUCUCAAUCAAAUUUUUGAGGACUUAAAUUUACGGCUAUGUUUUCCCAGAAAUUUACAUGAAGAACGACUGGAUUAUGCUUAUGUCAUGCUGAAUAAUGUCACAAGUAUUGCAAAAUUGAGUUUCAUUGCCCAAAAUUCAAUAAAUCCCUUAGAUUUAAGCGUUGGUGAAAGCCCAAAGAAGGAUUUUUUAGUAUAUGGAAUUGGUGAACGUGAAUUCCCUAAUACGUGGAAGAACUUCAUCAUUACCGAGGAAGAAUGCAAAAAAAUUAUGUCGCCAAAUAGAAGACUACUGUAUACACUGCACUUAGAUUUACCCAGAAAACUUGAAACGCGUUUGCGAUUGGUAUAUUUUAAGAAUUUUGACUCAAAAGUUACAUAUGAUGAUGAGAGUUUCCAUUUAAGAGAUAUCUACUUUAACGAAAAUAUUUAUCGAGAAAUAUUAAGACUGCUCCUUCAAGAAUCUAUAUUAAAGUUUAAGACAGCAGCACUCAUCGGAAGAUAUUUAAAGAUAAUCAAACGAUACUUUGGCGAUCUGGAAUCAUGUCUUUAUGAUCUUUCAGUAUCGUUUAUUCUGCACGUUUUAUAUAAAGAAUGCAACGAUUCUCAGAUUGUAAAGGAUGUUCUCACCAUGUUUGAUUUUAAGAAAUGGAUAUAUUAUUCAAAUGAUUGCAAUCCUGGAAUUUUGGAUUAUUUUUUACACCACGCUCGAAACAGUGGAUAUAAUGUAUGGGGAAAAUAUCCAUGUGAAGAUCUGAUAAAUGGUUGUGUUAUGCUUGAGAAGUAUAGCUUUGUUGCAGUUCUUUUAAAAUACAUCAAUGCUCCUCUCUUUAUGGAAGAGGAUUAUGAAAAGCUAAUCAACUGGGGAGGAAACCCAAUUUUUAGGAUCAAUACGAUGGAUAAAGGACAGCCUGUAAGAGAAGGCUGGAUGAAUAAAAGGAGGGCCUUCCUGGCGAUUCAGAUUCUUUAUUUGUAUGAUUUACCUCACGAUGAUGGUGACCAAGCCUUACGUUUGCUGUGGAGAGCUAUUCCUGAUACUUUUUUGACAUUCAGUGAAUGGAUGUCUGCUUUUGGAAACCAACGAGAACCCUAUAUCCUGGGAGACAUCGAUGAGUUUUAUUCAUAUAUUGUAGAAGAAGAAAUUUCCAUCAGAACACCCAGAUCACUUCGGCAAUAUUGCCGGGUCGCAAUUCGAAAAUCUCUUUAUGAUUGUCAGCAGCUGCCGAAUGGAAUUGAAAAGUUGGACGACUUGGAUCCUAAAUCGAAAGCCUACCUGAGAUUGGAAAAUUAAAUCCAGAGGAAUUAUGUAAUAAUAAAAAGAUAUAAGAUGACCGGAGUGAGUGCUGGAAUAUUAAAAAUAUAUCGCCGAAUGCUGUCCUUCAGAUCUGGAAGAGAUGAUGGUCUUUGACGAUAGAUAUUGUCAUUCAAAACCAUAUCCCCGCAACCAAAAGUCACAAGGGUUGCUGUCCGGCGAGAGAAGAGGCCAUGCUAUUGAGAAAUGACGGCUGAUAACUCGCGCUUCUGUGAAAUGCCGUAUUAACAAUCGCGUUACACGACGAUCAACGUGAGGUGGUGCACCAUCCUGCAUGAAAAUGUUGUCUUGAAGACACCCAUGCUGUAGAAGAGUUGGCAUUAUAAAAUCUCUCAGCAUAUCAUCGUACCGUCAUCCUGUGACGGAACAGGUUUGGAUUCCAUUUGAAGUUAUCUCUCCAAAUAAAUACGGUUCAAUGAUAAAGGUAGCUGUAAAACCACACCAUACUGUCACUUUUUCAGGAAUGCAAGGGUUAUUCUUGGAUAAUGUGAGAGUUUUCCUCUGCCCAAAUUCGACAAUUGUGGGUGUUAACUUGCCCAUUGAGGCAAAAAUGGGCCUCAUCAAUCCACAGAAUGUCCCAUGGCCAAGUUGUGUCAACCACCAUUCAAAUAAGGAACUGAAGUGCAAAAGUUUUACAGACCACCAUGUCCCCGUCCUGCAACAGACUUGAUUUUGUAAGGAUAAAAAUGCAAAAUCUGCCAUACGAUUUUUCGUACAGUUGAAUACGGCAUAUCCAGAACACGGAAAACAACUGGCAAACUCACACUAUUAUGCGGGACUGACUGCUGGCUUCAACGAGUGCGAUCGCAACAUUUUCGACGCUGGAAGACGGGAAUUUUUUUUUCUUCCUCUACCUGGAAGAAUGCCAAGUUGCCCAGUUUUUUCAAAUUUCUGCAUCAUCUUGCGUAGGGCACCUGGAGACAUUGGACCUCUUCUUAUCUGCUUCAUACGAUGAAAUUCCUUUAGAGCUGCAACGGAGUUUUUUUUGGUUCUGGUAGAACAAUUUCACCAGUAGCGCUUUUUCUUGCAACGUAGGCAUGAUGAACAGGGAAGAAAUUAAUGUUCGUUCAAAAUCCGCCUUCUUUUUACCCAAAGAAAGAUGGUAAUAGAACAU